UUUGCACAUUUUUAUUCUGAAGUUGUACGUUGCUAGUUUGUAUGAGCGAGUGAUCGCGGUUUCACAACCUUUUUUUCUUAUAUAUGUAUAUGUAUCUAUAUAUAUAUACGUAAUUAAGUUUAGAGGAUUUUGAUAAUAUAUGGCAACCUUUGAUCAUCCACCUUGUGAUGGACUCAAAGAGAUGUUACAGGCUGCUGUGAAAUCGGUCCAAUGGACCUACAUUAUUUUCUGGAAAUUUUGUCAUGAACAAGGGGAAUUAGUAUGGGGAGAUGGAUACUACAAUGGUGUAAUAAAAACAAGGAAAACAGUACAGUCCAUUGAAGUUAGCACGGAAGAGGCAGCGUUAAGUAGAAGCGAGCAGCUUAGAGAGCUUUACGAUUCGUUAGCUGCCGGUGAUCAUCAGAUGAUGACAGAAAACCAGCAGCCAGCGAUUAGACGCCCGUCGGUGGCGUUGUCACCUGAGGAUCUUACUGAAUCUGAAUGGUUCUAUCUCAUGUGUGUUUCUUUCACUUUUGCUCCUGGAGUUGGAUUAGUUGGACAAGCAUAUGCAAAGCAGGAGCAUCUAUGGCUCACAAGUGCACAUGAAGUCGAUAGCAAUGUUUUCACAAGAGCUAUCCUUGCCAAGAGUGCUCAUAUACAGACGGUUCUAUGCAUCCCUAUACUAAAUGGAGUCAUUGAACUUGGCACAAUCGAAAAGGUGGAAGAGGCUAUUGAAUUCGUUCGCCACGUGAAACUCUUCUUCAGGGUCGACAAUUUUGACAAGCCAUUUUCGCCACCUCCUAAACAGGCCCUCUCGUCUCAUUCUUCCAAUACCACCUUUUCCCCUCAUCAAUUUUCAAAUACAAUUCAACUUCCCAAUAAUGCAUAUUCUGUUGACGAAGAUGAUGAGCAAGAAGAAGAAGAUGAUGAUAAUGAUGACGCGGAAGAAGAAGAAAACGGGCUAGAUUUUGUGGUGGAAGCCGAUCAAGAUAAACAUUCAAUGAUUGCAAUGAUGGAAGCCGAUGAGCUAUUGAGACUUGAUAUGUCUGAAGAUAUUAGGUUCGGAUCACCCAAUGAUGGUUCAAGUAACUUGUUCCUGACGAGCCAUGAAGACUCAUGUAGAGCUGAGUCAACCCCAGGAUGGUCAGAUAAUUUGGAUUUGCACAACCCACCAAGCACUCAGUUACUUGCAUCAGAAAAAUUAGUACAAGAGGACACUCACUACUCUGAAACAGUUACUGCUAUCCUCAACAACCAACUAACUCAACGGCCAAACUCAAUAAUACCAUCAUGCCAAAACACAAACUACUCCAACCAAUCAUCAUUCACCACGUGGACACGUCAAUUUAACCGUUUUCCUAACAGAAUAACAACCACCUCAAGCUCUCAAUCCAUUCUAAAAUACAUCCUUUUCACUGUACCAUAUCUUCACUCCAACAUUAAUAAGUCUAUUGAUGGGGAAGCCUCGGAAUCCGUGGCACCUACACUACGUAAAGCCACGUCACACGAGGAACUUAGCGCGAAUCAUGUAUUAGCAGAAAGACGUCGUAGAGAGAGGCUAAAUGAGCGGUUUGUUAUCCUUAGGUCUCUAGUACCAUUAGUGACUAAAAUGGACAAGGCAUCAAUUCUUGGUGACACAAUUGAGUAUGUGAAACAAUUGUGUAAAAAGAUUCAUGAUCUUGAGGCGUUGAAUAGUUUGAAGGUCGCGGAAAAGAGGAAGAUAAGAGUGAUUGAGGGUGGAAAUGGUAGUGGCAUGAGAAGGACAGGGACCGCAAUGCAAGUUGAGGUGUCGAUAAUAGAGAGUGAUGCAUUGGUGGAGAUGCAAUGUAAACAUAGAGAUGGAUUGUUGCUUGAUGUGAUGAAAAGGUUGAGGGAACUCGGAGUUGAAAUCACAACCAUUCAAUCUUGUGUCAAUAACGGGAUGUGUACGGCUGAGAUGAGAGCUAAGGUGAAGGCAAAAGGUAAUAACGGAAGGAAAGCUAGCAUAAUGCAAGUGAAGAAAGCUAUUAACCAAAUUAUCUCUUCAUAAGUAGUAUACGUACGUAGUACUAACUCACUUCACUAUAUAUCACUAUCACUAUAUUAUAAUUUACACAUUAUAUAUGUAAUGGUGAAAGCAAAAAACUAGCUUGGGCACAUUUGGGGCGAAUGCAUAUAUUCAUCUAGUCCAACAUGAAAACUGAAAAGUAAUCAUGAUAUUAGAUUUCUAAUUUAAGCUUUCUUGUUAUUCAAA